ACUUACUUGGGACGCAAAAGUGUAUGCUCGCGAGUCAUAAUCGGGCGUACUUGUGUUGUCGUAUUAUCGAUAAACGGUGUGCUGUUUUCAUAGACUUAUCGAACACUGUGUGGACUAUAAUUACCCAUCUCUGAAACGUGUAGCGUUCGAUCCGUUUUUGCAGAAAAGAAUCAGUGUGUUUUUGCCCCUGCUACUGCCGGUAUCGCAGUCCAAUCGUCAAGCUCCUACGGAGUACGCAGAAGGCCUAUUAUUGAUUUUCGCUGGCAAGGUGCGUCGUUGGUUUGACGCACGGAUCAUUUUUCAACGGCGGAGGUGGUGAAUUUUUUCCGACGUUUUAUUUAUGCAAGUGAGAAGUUAUCGCCAAAAUGUAUAAUGGAAUUGGACUUACGACACCGCGAGGUUCCGGCACAAAUGGUCAUGUCCAACGAAACGUUGCAUUUGUUCGCCCGGGCAAAAAGGACAACGUCAACUAUCGCACGGAGGACGACUUGGCUAAAUUGGACUCCCAGUCAAACCGGCAGCCGAACCAAGGCAUUCUCGACCACGAACGAAAACGCAAGAUCGAGGUGAAGUGUGCCGAAUUGGAGGAGGUCCUCGAGUGCCAAGGUCGCAGUCAGGAUGAAGUUCGUGCCAAAGUUGAACUUUACCGCUCAAGGCUAAUGAACCAAGGGACCGUUGAUUUGCCUAAAGACGAAUUCGGCCGAUUGCUUGUGCGGGAAACUCAUCACAUUGCCCAGGCCCAGCAGGAAAAAAACGCGAAACUCCGCGAUGCAUUCGGCAUUUCGGAAUACUUUGUCGAGGGUACCAGCUUCGACCAGGACCGAAAGGCGAAGGAAGAUCUAGCAAAAUCGGAAGCCUUGCAGAAGGAGUUGGCUGAGAAAGAAAAGGUCAAGGAAGUGGAACGGGUCAAUCGGAAACGCUAUGCACUCGUGCGAACACCAUCACCUGAAAAGCAAGGAAGCGGCUCCGAAGCGACUAGCCGUAAUGGAAAGGCCGUUGAUCGUGGUGAUAAUGACGGAGCUAGAGAAAGGACAGAUGAUGAUGAGGGCAAUGCUAGCGGAAAGGUAGUGCCGAGAGCGUUCCGCAACAAGGAAGAGAAGAAAAAGAAAAAGAAAAAAGCACGGGAUAUGUCUUCAAGUCCAAAUCGCAAGAAAGAUAAAAAGAAGAAAUCGAAGAAAAACAAAAAAGACAGAACUAAAAAAAAGCAUUCGAAAAAGGUUCAACGGAAUGACGACAGCGAUUCCACUGACACAGAUUCGGACUCAAACUCAAUGGCCAGUGAUGCAUUGUCUAGUUCAGAGCGCGGCAGCAGCAGUAAACGAAAGAAAAAGUCUACAAAAAAGAAGGACAAGAAAAAGAAAUCAUCGAAAAAGAAGAAAGCAAAGUCUCGUUCGCCAUUCCGCGUAAAGUCGCCAAUGACGGGCAAAAAGUCAUUAAUGGAAGGGCCAAGAGGACGUGAGGACGUGCACGGUGAUUCACGCGUAGUGUCGGCAGAAGUAUUGCAUGAGAAGAACAAAAUUCUCAACGAUCGCGACCGACAUGUAGUCGUCGAUAGUAGUCGAGAUCACUACAAUACUCAUAGCCAAAGUAGAGGACCUCGAAGCUAUAAUCGCGAUGAUGAUAGUAAUCGUGGCUAUGCCUUCUCUGGCCGAAGUACGAGUGUUAGGGGAGGGUUCCAGCGCCGUCACCAUGAUGAUCAUGGUAUGAUGCAACAGGGAGAUGAAAAUCGUGAACGGCGUAGUCGAUCGAGGCAUCGUCGCCGGGAGCAUUCAGUAGAUCGGGAACGCAAACAUAAGUCACGCUCCCGUUCUGAGAGUCGUCGCAGUCGUCGAGAGCACGAGAAUCGUGGUUCUCCCACGACGGAACGUAGUUUGGGAAGAUCACGUGAUAGAAAGCGACGCGAUUAUACACCACAAAGAAAGGACAAAACAGAACGGCGUCAUCGUGAGUCAGAUCAUCAUGAACCAAAUGAUGCUGGUCGUGUACCAAGUGAAUGCGAGAGGCAAAGUGAUCGAGGAAAACCGCAACGCCAACGUGAACGUGACGCUGAACGAAACCGUGAUCGUGGUCGAGAAUGUGAACGAAACCCCAACCGCGCUCGGGAUCAGGGCUCGGCUGCUGGUCGAUGCAGAGAACGGUCAUCGCGCAGUGUCGACAAGCAACAGGACAACGCACCUUCAAAUACUUGGUCCAUGCGCGCUGACGAUUCAUCGAAAAAACAACAUGUCAAGAGCUCGCCCCGGGAGCCUCAGCGCAUGGACAAAUCAUCGUCGACCGGAAGCAAAAAACGCAACAAAUCACCUGAGUCGAAACCGAAAGAAUCUACCGAAAAGACUCGCAAACGCCCUGAAAACACGAAAGCGACGUCCCCUUCAGCACUGGCACCUUCACAACGCUCAGCUAGUAGCGGUAUACCGGACGCUUCGUUAUUAGCUGAAAAACAGCUAUCUUCUGACGAUGCAGCUUCCGAUUUAAGCUAUUCACCUGCUAGACGAGACCCUGACCGCUACCACGACAUCUUACAUCAAGCCUCUGCCGAAAAUAUGGGAAAUCCAGAUCCAGUUAAAAAAAUGAAUGGUGACAAACAGACCGGGGCUUCGUUUGGAUCAGCGGUGAUAGAUAAUGAGCGAGCAAAUAGGUCCGCCAGUGCGACAAGAACUUAUCCCAACGAAGAACCUAAGCGCCGGGAGGAUGAUCGGGAAACGAAAAACAGCGACAGUCAGUCACGUUCUCCGCGGGAACGCUCAUCACGUUCUCGUUCGCGUUCCAUUGCUCCUUCCGCCCAAAAAAGUCGCGGCGAGUCGUCUUCAACGGCACCGAAUAAACAACAUAUUUCCUCUUCAGAAACUAAACAUGCUCAUCAAGCUGCUGCAGCUGCUGCUGAGGGGGCAGAUUCUAAUUUUGUAUCAAAAAAGUCGAACAACAAACUAACGUCAGUCUCGGCGGCGUCUUCUUCCACCUCCAAAUCGCGUCAUAGCUUAAGACGCGACGACGCAUCACGUUCCCCGGAGGUUAAGAAACGGCGUUCUGAUCACGAUCACGCCAUUCCAUCGAAAGAGGAACCGUUUAAAGUUGGUCCCAGAGCCUCCCGCUCAGAUCGUAGUGAUCGAAAAUCCGGCAACAAACGGAAGAAUGAGCGCGAAACAAAGCUCCACAAGCGUCGUGUCUCCAGUAGUCCCGAGCGAAGAAGGGCUGAAAUUUUAUCCACCACUGGCGAACGUGAUUCAAAGAACUUGAAACCGAAGAAAACUACUACGCUAUCGUCUGCGCAAUCUCAUGGUACGGCAACUGCAAUCCUGCAGCAACCAGUGGUGAAACUACAUUCACCGCAGUCAUCCCAUUCGUCGGCCGAAUCGUACGAUACCUGGAAUCGUAAUCCUGCAACUGACAGUGAUGGAGUGACUGAAGACACUUGUUGGGAUGGCUUCCUUCCGAGAUAUGAGAAUCAGCGCGCAAAGGUGAUGAGAGCUUUGAAACAAGACCUAGCCGCCAAGGCGAAGGCGAGGUUGGAAAAUAGAAUACAUGUGUCCGAAAGCAUAAUAGCACCAAAUGGUGCCAUAAUGGGAGUGUUGGAAUACGAGGCGCGCUAUGGAGUAUCGCGGGAAAGAGAAUUGCAAAAGUUGCACACCAAGCAACAACCGCUCGAUCCAACCUCCAGUUCCAGUUCGUUUCCAGACUCCGCUUCUGCAGUCAUCAUCGAAACACCAGCGAUGCCACCGUUAACAACGAUGAGUGCGUCUACGUCUGCACUAGAGGCAACCAGCAACAAUACAAAUAAUGCAGCGAUUAUGAAAGAGAUUCAUGAAAUUAUUAGCACCGUUGGUGCGUGUGCUGCAGCGGACGGUUCGGAAGGUACUACGAAGAAAACGACGAUCUUGCAAGCUGUGGACAAUAUUUUGAAGGAGAAAAUAUCCGGAAAACCCAACAAAUCCCACAAAGAGCGAACCACAACCAGAAGUUCUCGUUCGAGAUCCCAUUCUCGUUCACGGUCCCGUUCCCAAAAAUCACGCAGUUACAGUAGUUCCAGCAGCGAUACAUGCAGUUCCCGUUCGCGAAGUCGAUCGUCAUCGUCUCACAGCCGCAGCUCUUCGGGUCGCGGCAGCAGUCGUUCGAGAAGUCGUUCUAGUUCGAGUUCGAGCGUGGCCCGAUCCCGCACUGGAUCACGGUCUCCCUCAAUCCCUCGUCGGGCCGGAUCACCAUCAUUCCUCGAUCGACGCCGUAUAACGAGUGCUCGGAAGCGUCCCAUACCGUAUCGAAGACCAACUCCAUCGUCCCCGUCAAGCGGCAGCAGCUAUCACAGUCGUUCUCGAAGCCGAAGCAAAAGCUAAAUUUCUUCUUCAGUGAACAGAUAAAAACAGUUUUUUUCAACACAAAUUCAGUUGCUCCUCACAUUGGCCAUCCUGCAAACAAAACGCCCGAAGCUUUUCAUAGUUUUCAAAUUUGGUCAUUUAGUAAAUGCAAUUCAAUAAGCAGUAAAUGCAAUAAAAAAUAUGGUAUAGGUUUUCUAAAUAAAUGGAUGCGUCUGGGCUUGUAAGCAAGAUGUUUCAAAUAGCAAUAUACUUUAAAAACUGUAUCAUGUACUCACGCAAAAACUAUUCUGGUCUGGUGGAGUGGACUUUCUGGUCCUCGUUUAGGUAUCACAAGCUUAUCUUUUAUUGCAAUUCACGUCAUUACAUUUUGUGCAAUCUUAUGUAAUUCAUCGUUUGUUGAGGCUUUGAGCAAAAAAAAAACCAAAUACUAUUUAAUAUAUUUAAAUGAAAAUUACUUCUUGCAUUUAGUAAAACAAGAAACAUCAACACACUAGUUGCGGCUAGUUAUU